CCUCAAGCAAGAAGACAUGAAAAAAGACAACGCGGCGGAAAUUUAUCCCUUCAUUCCCUCCGAGGCUUCCAUAUGGGUACACCCAAAUUCAGAAUUGAACUUUGUCUCUCGGCGCCUUAGCUUCGCUAUUCAGUCAAAUAAACCAAAAUGCAACUAGCGACAGAAAUGGCCAUAGCCGCCGUAGAUGAGGCUCUCUCAAUGUUGAACGACGAGCUUACCCAGUACUGUGCUUGCAGUGUGGACGACCUGUUGGUCGAACUCACAUGGUUGAAGUGUUUCCUCGUAGACGGCCAACAAACGCCGGCGGGGAGGAAGAGGGCCGACAUCUGGUCGCGUAUCAUUCAGCGUCUCGCCCUUUGUGCGGUCAAUCUCCAGCCAGCCGGCGGCUGGAUUGAACCUGGUCUAGAGCCUUUGGCCGUUGAAGGCCUCACCCAGAAACUCUCUGAACUCAGAGAAAAACUCCUCCCGUUUCACUCAUCUCCCGUACGAGCUGACUCAUCAUCUGUUCUUCCCAAUGUUCCAGAUUCGCCUCCAUCUUCCGUUAAAGAAGUAAUACCUAAGAGUAUUAAAUUGCCAGCCUGGGGAGGCCCUGGAGGAACAGAUUGGGAUUUCAUGUUUGAUGGUGCAUUAAAACAGAUUACCAUUGUUAACGGUGAAGUUGUUGACUCCUUAACCUUCAUUUCCCUGAACCAGAAGGUUUCUUGAAGACACUAAAAGUUGGAGGUUGUGGUCCACGUGGAAAAUAUAAAACCAGUGAGGUUAUAAAAUUUUUAGUAGAUAGAUACUUUAAUUAUUUUGCUGCAUACUAGUAUCUUAACUUUCAAAUACACUAAAUAAGUAUCAUAAGUAUAAGUAAAAGUUUCAAACCACAAUAUGAUAGAAGUAACAUAAAAUGGUCUUUAAGUAUGGAAUUUUGGCCACGUGUACAAUAUGUUGGUAGGAAAUUUGAAUAAAAUUAAGUGUUGAACCAUUUACGUGUGAUUAUGGUACUGAUUUUGUACAUUUAAAGGUUAAGGUACCAAAUUGUAACAACGCCGAUAGAUAAGUUAUUGUUUAUGUAUUUCGCCUUAUACUUCUUUAUUUGUAAAAUAGUCCGUAUGACUCAAUCUGUUUGUAAGAUUUCAUUCUUUUAAAUAAAUUCAACAAAGUUUACUUUGUGAUGAAAAUUAAUAUAACUUGGGUUGUUGUUAUGAUUUUUUUGAAUAACUUAGCUAGGGUGACUAAUAGUUUUCCACUUUUCCUUAAGUAGGUAAAUAUCGAUGGACCAUCGGUGAGGUUGAUUGGAAUAAGCGGAACAUACGGGUCUUACUCUCCUAACGUUGUGAUAAAAUCAAUGACAUUUCGAACCAACUUGAAUGUGUAUGGACCAUACGGCUCCAGUAAUGGUACGCCGUUUAAUUAUGUGGUUGAGAAGGGCGGCAAAAUUGUUGGAUUGCAUGGGCGCUGCGGUUGGCUUGUAGACGCCAUUGGCGUUCAUUAUCGUGCCUAGUUAGUAAUUUCAUAUCCUCAACUUUUAAUUAACAACUCUUUUUCUGAUGGUUCAGAAGCUACAAUCUUGCUGUUGUACGUUUUGCAUUUUUCUGUUUAUUUCUACUUAUGUAAGUUUCUUGUUUUGAUAUUAUGCAAAUCAUAAUAUUUUAGUUGUACGGUUCCUAGUUGUUGUUAACGGUUCGGUUCUUUGUUCCUAUAAAAAAUAUGUAUGGAACCGUUAAGGCCGAUAUUUAAAAUAUAGUGAUGCUUUUAUAUUUGUACAUGCUUUUAUAUUUUAUUUGUUAAAUGAAAAAUUCAAAUGUUUUUUUUAUUCUAUUAAGUGUUCACUUACUUAAGUUUGAGCUUUGAUACAUGUUUGGAGUGAUUAGAACUCUAAAUACAUUUUAAUUUAAUACAUACAUGUUUUGAAUUUUUGACGUUUUUAUGUGGUAGAAGCUAAACUAUGUGUUAAUUCUUAGACAAAAAAAAAAUAUUCUAAGAAUCGAUAAAAGCAAGAACCGGACCGUUUAGUAUUGGUUCGGUUCCAUAACAAUUCUUGAUUUUUAUAUAAAAACCGAACCGAUAUUAUUAGUUAAAAUUUUAAUAACGAUUCCACUAUUUUUGAGUAAUAACUGAAUCGUUCCCAGGCCUAGUUUCUUUCAUACAUGACCCCAGCCAAAAAAAUUAGUCGUUUCUUUCAUGUAUGUAGUUAUAGCAUUUAAAUUCAACAAUUCAACGAUUCAACUAAAACUUGAUGAUAUUUUUACAUGGUCAAAACGUUGAAAGUUUAAAAUAUGUGCACCAGUAAAUAAAUACUCCAUAUUAAAAGUGCAUUUACACUUCCUCUCUCCCACGCAUCAUAUUAAUACAUCAAUAUCGGGUAACUCAUCAAUAUUUAUAAACAUUUCCUACAUAUAUAAUGGCUAACUAUAAAAAAUUACAACAUGAAUUUGCAAUUGAUUUGAUGGGGUUACAGGACUAGGCCCAGAGCCUAAUCGGCCCAGAUCCCGAACUUGAACCAACAGGUCCAGGCCUAGCGAUCCAGAGCUCGAGCCAGCCCAACCGAUCAAGCCCAUCAAGGAGCAGAAGCCCAAGAUGGCAUGCCUUCCAGCCCAGCCAGAAGCCUGCCUCCAGCCGGGCCAACAACCUGCCUCCAGUCCAGCAGGGAGCUUGCCUACCGGCCCAACCGGAAGCCUGCCUUCCAGCUCAUCGGGGAGCCUGCUUACCGGCCCAACCAGAAGCCUGUCUUUCGGCCUAGCGAGGAGCAUAUCCUCCAGUCCAGUGGGGAGUCUGUCCUCCAGCCCAGCGGGAAGUCUGCCUUCCAGCCCAGCGGAAGCCUACCGCCUACUAGCCAGACCGAGGAGCUCAAACGUUAUGCCUGCUAGCCAGGCCGACCUACUAGCCAGCCAGGAAGAGUAACGACCAACAAUCAAUGCGCUAUUAAUUAUGUAUUUAAUUUCGUAUUAAUGUUGUAAUUAAUUUAGUCAUUAUUAUGUUCGGCAGUUACCAUUUGUAAUUGCCUAUAAAAGGCAAUUCGAAUUUCAAAUACAGAUAUGCUAUUUCUGGCUAUCAAA